AGACCCAUCAGCUCCUCUUCCUCAGUUCGGAGUCCAGCAGGAGCCGAACUGAACCGGAGGAUUUUUUCACCGUCGUGCGUAAAAGCGCAGCGCGUCCGGAGCGCGCAGAUGGCACAGAGGGCGCAGUAACCGUCCUGCGGUUGUUGUCGGUGGAUCAGCGGACACUUGUGGCUCUCCCGGACACAACCUGACCCGCGUGACAGGACUGUUUGGUGCAUGUAAACACGCGCAAAGGACUCCGACUUCAGACCGACUUUCAGCGAACUUUACGCGUCUCUGUAUUUUCUCGCUUUCGGACCGGGGUGUUUUGAGGAGGCGGAAGGGUUCGGCUACAUGCUGCCGAGUCUCAUGAUGGGACCGGGCAGCUGUCAUCUGCCGCGAGGAUGAGCCACAGAAGCAGCCCGGCGCGGGCGUACGACUUUCUGCUCAAGUUCCUGCUGGUGGGGGACAGCGACGUCGGGAAGGGCGAGAUCCUGGCGAGCCUGCAGGACGGAGCCACCGAGUCCCCGUACGGAUACAACAUGGGAAUCGACUAUAAGACGACCACCAUCCUUCUGGACGGGAGGAGAGUCAAGCUGCAGCUCUGGGACACGUCUGGUCAGGGACGGUUCUGCACCAUCUUCAGAUCGUACUCCAGAGGAGCGCAGACAGACUCUCUGAGCUCUGAGAGGACGCGUGAAGAAACUCAUCAAACAGCCGCAGACGGCGUUGUUAUGUUCCCAGCGGAGACACAAAGAAAACACUUUUCGCUGAAUGAAGUUGUUGUCAUCGCUCAGUCGGGCUUUUAG